GGACAUCGUGUUUGACACUUCGGUACACUGUCGAUCAUGUUUACGCUUUUGUUUACGUUGUUGUUGAUCGUGACGGCGACUGAGAUUCGAGCGCGCGAAGCAAUUAAGCCAGAAGCCGAAGUGGGUCAAAUAAUCAAAGAUUUUGAGGAAGUGCACGUAAAUGAGACAAAUCAGCGGGGUGCACCCUGCAAGCUGGACAUACAAGAUGAUUUUCCGUACGGCAAACGGUCACAGCCGCUUUACCUGCAUCCCAACACGGACACCUAUUGGCUGCCCAAUGCAGAGGGUCAGUUGGUGAUACCACGCGGUGCCAGCAUCGAGCUCUACUGCAGUUCCGCCUUUGCGAGUAUCAAUACCGAUGACCAUGUGACCCCUGACCUAAGCUCCAUACACGCUCGCUGCCUGCAUGACAGCACCUUCGAGUGGACAGGUGGAAAGCGGGAGUUUCAGGACUUUUACUGCACCCAACAACUGGCGUAUGCCGUUGAACGUUUGGAGCAGCCUUGCGGGGAUGGUGAUGUGGCAUCAGCGGCACGCAUGUACCGUGUGGGUUAUAACCUGGGAGCGGGGAGAUUUGUGCGAACCCUGGAGCUGUGUCACGAUGCGGAGAAGCUACAAACCGAGUAUGCAUUCUACCAGUUGCUGCCGGCAAACGAGCAUUUUCAGCGACACGUGAAGCGCGUAAGGUUCAGCACCGCCGGCCACUUUUGUGGCUUCGACAUGGAGCGACUCUAUUCGCAGACACAUCAGCAACAGCGGGCGGUGCAACUGCUGCAUCAGGCAGCGGAGGCAACUGCAACUCUUGGUGACCACAUGAAAGGUCUGUUUGAUAAGAAGGCGGGCCUUUUUCUGGCACGUGGACAUCUGGCCGCCAAGGGGGAUCUGAUUUAUGCCAGUCAACAGCGAAGCAGCUUUAACUAUCUGAAUGUGGCGCCCCAGUGGCAAAGUUUCAAUGGUGGCCACUGGGCAAUUGUCGAGGACGAAACGCGUCGCUUUGUUGCCCGAUCCGGCCUGUCGGUAAGCGUUUAUACUGGCACCUAUGGUGUUAUGCCAUUGCCGGAUGCUGCCCAAACCGACUUCCAUCUGGCCACGGAUGCCAAUAACACGGCUGUUCUGCGCGUGCCGCGUCUCUACUAUCGCCUGCUCAUCGACAAUGAUAGACCCUGGCGUGGUUUGGCCCUCAUAGGCGUCAACAAUCCCCAUGCCACCCUCUCCCAGAUCCGUGAGUCAUACAUGAUUUGUGACCCGUUGCAGCCAGAACUUGUGCCCUGGCUACGCUGGCUGUACCUUGAAAAUCUGGUAUGGGGCUAUCUGUAUGCCUGCACCGUUGCAGAUGUGGCUAGAGUGGUGGGACAUCUGCCACCACAGCUGCAAGAGGUGCACGAUCUACUUUCAUAGGGAUAGGAAAGGGACAUACGGACUAUGAACACUUCUCAUCAUUAAACUCAAUAAGAUAACAAGUUGCAGAAUAUUUCAAAGAACUCAAAGGAAUACUGUACAUUUUAAUUAAGAUAAGAAAAUUUCUCAUAUUAAUUAAUUAAUUUAUAAAUAUUUAUAAUA